CUCCCUGUUCCUUGUUCUCGAUUCCCUCGUCCGGCGUCGCAUUUCAGGGUUUCUCCCCCUUUUCUCUCCUUUCUCCUUAGCUACCCGCAUCCCCUUAGCUAUUCCCUUGACGUGGUCCUCCAAAGAACCAUUGACCCCGGAGCGGCCCGUGUGCGACCUCGGUUGAAGUUUGCUGCUAAAGAUGGCAGACCCAGAUGUCCUCACCGAGGUUCCUGCAGCAUUGAAGAGGCUAGCCAAGUACGUGAUCCGGGGGUUUUAUGGCAUUGAGCAUGCUUUGGCCUUGGACAUCUUGAUCCGGAACCCCUGUGUGAAAGAGGAGGAUAUGUUGGAGCUGCUCAAGUUUGAUCGGAAGCAACUUCGAUCAGUUUUGAAUAAUUUAAAGGGAGAUAAGUUCAUCAAAUGCAGAAUGAGGGUAGAGACUGCUGCAGAUGGGAAAACCACUCGCCAUAACUACUACUUUAUUAAUUAUCGUACUCUUGUUAACGUGGUAAAAUAUAAAUUGGACCACAUGAGAAGGAGGAUUGAAACUGAUGAGAGAGAUUCCACCAACCGGGCUUCCUUCAAAUGUCCUGUCUGUAGUAGUACUUUUACGGACUUAGAAGCUAAUCAGCUCUUUGAUCCUAUGACAGGAACUUUCCGCUGUACUUUUUGCCAUACAGAGGUAGAAGAAGAUGAAUCAGCAAUGCCCAAAAAAGAUGCACGCACACUUUUGGCAAGAUUUAAUGAACAAAUUGAGCCCAUUUAUGCUUUGCUUCGGGAAACAGAGGAUGUGAACUUAGCCUAUGAAAUACUUGAGCCAGAACCCACAGAAAUACCAGCCUUAAAACAAAGCAAGGACCGUGCAGCAACCACUGCUGGAGCUGCUGGCCUGGCAGGUGGGCACCACCGGGAAGCAUGGGCCACCAAAGGUCCCUCCUAUGAGGACUUAUACACUCAGAAUGUUGUCAUUAACAUGGAUGACCAAGAAGAUCAUCGAGCCUCACUAGAGGGGAAAUCUGCCAAAGAGAGACCCAUUUGGUUGAGAGAGAGCACUGUCCAAGGAGCAUAUAAUUCUGAAGAGAUGAAGGAAGGUGGCAUAGAUAUAGAUGCGUUUCAGGAGCGUGAGGAGGGCCGUGCAGGGCCAGAUGAUAACGAGGAGGUCAUGCGGGCACUGCUCAUUCAUGAGAAGAAGACCCCCUCUGCCACAGCAGGCUCAGUGGGGGCGGCUGCUCCUGUCACUGCUGCCAAUGGCAGUGACUCGGAGAGUGAGACCAGUGAGUCAGACGAUGACUCCCCACCUCGACCAGCAGCUGUGGCAGUACAUCAUCGGGACGAGGACGACGAGGAGGACGAUGAGUUUGAGGAAGUAGCAGAUGACCCCGUUGUUAUGGUGGCUGGCCGACCAUUCUCCUACAGUGAAGUGAGCCAGCGGCCAGAGCUAGUGGCCCAGAUGACACCAGAGGAGAAGGAAGCAUACAUAGCAAUGGGACAGCGCAUGUUUGAGGACCUCUUUGAGUGAGCUUUCCCUAUCUUUUCUUCCUUUCUCCAAUGCUAAUUUCAAAAAGAAAUUCCCCACCUUUGAAGAAAAGUGUUUAAGUGGUGUUCUGCCUUUCUUGAAGUAAAGAGCUCAAGAAUAAUGGGAGAGAAAGUUUGAUUUUUAUGCCAGAAGCUUCCCCAAAGGUAGGUUGGCUAUAAGCAUUUCCUUCCCUGUUAUUACUACAGUAUUAAUACCUUGCUGUAUUUCAAAUUUACCUAAUCUUUGCCCCAUUUUUCUCCCCUUCUGAAAUGAAUGCAGGCAGUCUUCCUAUCUGCCUGUAGAAGCCCACUAUGAUAGGUUAUAUGAAUUCACUGAUCACCUCUGUUUUGUUCUCACCAAGGAUUCCCAACAGUUCCUGGUAUUGCUGCCAAGAAGUUUGGCAACAGGCGAAUCAAUGAUGAGUGACAGAAAAAAAAAUCUUAAAACUUCUUAUUGCCACACAGUUGAGGAUUGGAGUCAAUAUAUAAGACUCCGAUGAAAAUUUGUGUCUUUCGAGCUGACUUGACUGAUAGUGUGUUGUUUUGCUUCAUGCCUUUUGGUUUGGCUGUUGGAUGAUAGAAAACAGAAUGUAUACUUGGUAAGCCCUUGUGAAAUUAGGAAAAAAAACAUGGAUAUAGGACGAGUUCCUGUACAGGGUUGAAGAGUGGAGAGCAUUGGGAACAGUGCCUUUUAGAAUUGCCUAAAUUUGUGCUGAUUUGGACAUCCUUUAUGGAAAGCUGAGACUGGUUCCCUUCUUUUUCCUAUCUUCUACAGUGGUAUAAAUUGUUGAAUGAGGCCAUUCCAGCAGAAAUCAGCAUAUAAAAAUUAUUACUCCUCUCUUUUUUUUCCUUUCUUAACAUCAUUGAAGACCUUCUUUGUCUCUCUUUUGAUUCUUGUCCGACAUGGUGUUUUAGAAUACAUCUAGGUGCAUCGUUGAACAUUGUAACCUCAAGGAAUGUAGCUUACUUUUGGUUCUGAUGUAUAGCAUGGUAUUAUUCCCUAAGGCAGAACUUUAAAAAUAAAGAAUAUUCAUGCAAGGGUCUAUAGCAAUUGUAUUUUUUUUGUAAUAUUUUUCCUUGCAUUAUAAUUUUUAAGUAUUUAUCAUAUUAUAGUACACGUGUGAAGAUAGAUUUUAGAGUAUCUGAGCCUUGUAUGAAGUGAUGUUUCAUUUACUUGGGUUGUAUUAAUGAUUGAAUAUUGACAAUAAAUCUAUUUUAUACCGACCAAAAUUUGUUAAUUUCUAGCUCUGUAACAUCUUGGAGCAUAAUUAAAAUGAAUACUCUUCCCAUUAAAA